AUGUCGUGUUCUCAGCCGCAAGACGACGGUGCAGCUGCGCCAGAACAACCAGUACACACUCCUCAGCACUGCGCACGCUGCGCCUUGCCGCCCACGGUCGUCGCGCGAGGAACGGCCUAUUGCGACGACCACUUUACUCAGUCGCUCGCGAGCAGGUUCAGGCGAGGGACAGACGGUGCCCGACUGUACGCGGAGAAGGGCAGGGAGACGUACGAGGGCUCUGCGGGUCCGUCGGAUGUCGCGGCGAGGAGGGACGCCCGUCGCAGCGAGGCGAACGGUUCAGAGCGGAUGACGAGGCUUGUGGUGGCCUUUAGCGGCGGAUGCAGCUCGAGGACCCUCCUCGACCUCGUCAAGACGACCUACUUCUCCCAUCUCCUCUCCACCCCCGCCACCUCCGAUCCCGUGAGCGCACCAAACGGGAAAGGGAAGGGCAAGAAGCACGGGUUGCCUCGGCGGCCGGUCUUUGCGGAGCUGGAGGUUGUCUUUGUGGACGAGAGCAGCGUGCCGGGCGAGCCUGACUCCACCGUCAACGUCCGCCGCGUCGCCCAAGAAGCGACCCCGUUCGCCCGCUUCACCGCGCUGAAGCUCGAGGAUGCCUUCGCAUCUGCCCAUUCUUCGGCUCUCCCGCUCUCCGUCUCGACGUUUGCGCCCUCUCUUCCCAUCGUCCCGCCUUCCGCCUCUUCCUCCGCUUCCUCAGCCGACAACAGCGACUCUCGACGAACCCACCUCGUCUCCCUUCUCUCGAAUCCGUCACUCUCGCCAACAUCCCUCGCCUCGCUCCGCGCCGCUCUCCGGUCCUCCCUCAUUCUCUCGCACGUCCGACAAACAUCCUCCUCGCCCGCCGUCCUCCUCCUAGGGGACUCGGGCACCCGCUCGGCCAUUACGACUCUCUCGGGCAUGUCGCUCGGACGCGGUUUCUCGAUCGGCGAGGAGAGCGGCGCCGAGUACCUGGCCGCUUCUCUGGGCGAUGCUUCUGGCGCAAACGGACAGACUUCAGGAGCAGGGGAAGUGCUCGUUGUCCGCCCGCUCGUGCAUGCGACGCUUGGCGAGCUCGAGCAUUACUGCAGGCUGAUGGAGCUGGAGGCGCUUUCGGCGCAGCAACGAGGUGUGGUGGACGAGAGUGCGAAGAAGAAGACGAUUCAGGGAUUGGUCGAAGACUUCAUCCUCUCGCUCGAGACGUCCUUCCCCUCGACCGUCUCGACCGUCACCCGCACAUCUCACAAACUCGGCCUUCGUUCCUCACACGCCUCCUUUGUCGCUGCUCAAGCUCGAUCUCGCCCGUCAGCACCCCUCGAGACCGCCUGCCUCUGUCCUGUCUGCGGCCUCCCAGCGCCCGAGCGCGCUCAAGCCGAGUCCUGGCGCGAGACAAUCGCCAUCUCCGAUCUCCAGGCUGUCUUGCGAGCAGAGGGAGAGGGAGUGGAUGCGACGCUGCGAACAACGGGGGAAGACGGGAUCGAGGCGCGGAGGAAGCCUUACGAACCGUCGAAGGCGCAUUUGCUCGAUUCUGCGGGAGCAGCGGGCGAAGCUGUCGCGAAUGGCGAUAUCUCGACACCCUCGACCCCACCGCCUACAGCAGCAGACGACGACGCAGGCCCGUCCCUCGCGCCCUACCUAUGCUAUGGUUGCCUCAUCGCCCUCUCCUCCUCCUCCUCUUCCGCCGCCGCCAAGAAGUCCUUCUCCGCUUCCUCGACUCUCGUCCUGCCGCCAUACGUGCAAGACGCACUGCGUAUCCGAGUAGAGCGGGACCAGGGCGUCGUUGGGAAGAAGGAGCUGCGGCGCGAGGAGGAUUUGCGGAAGGAGGUUGAGGAGUUCUUGCUGGAUGACGAAGAGGACGGGGCAGAAGAGCUCACUCCGUAG